AUGCGGGAGCUCCAGCCAAAUGACAUCCUCAACAUGGCGCAGUACUACAACGUCGACUUGACAACGGCGCCGUUCUUGCUGCCCAUCAUGAAGCAGGCCGUGGAAACGCCACUGCCCCCAAAUUGGGUCGAAGACUUGAGCAGUUCCGUGCACGGUCCGCGAUACAUCAACGAACAGACUCAAGAGCAGCAAUCGAGCCAUCCCGCUGACGCCUACUUCAUCGCGCAGGUUCGAAAGGCCAGGGAGAAGCACGCGGAGACCGACGUCGUCGACAAUGCAUGGAUGGAAUUCCGUCGCGAUGGGGCCAAGUACUAUUACAACUUUGCGACCAACAAGGAGCAGACUGACCUGCCAUCGUGCGGGCUGCUGUGCACGCCAGGGGCCAGCUACGAAGCGUCGAAGGAGGUAUUUACUAGAGCCGCCGACAUCCACAGACAACCCAAGAUUCGAUCGUACGUGGGCCAACCAAACUGCCUCCUCCACGUCGUUUGUAGGUUGGACAAGCUCGACAUCUUGUGCUUUCACUCGUCGUGGAACGAAACCCGCAUGAGCGUCACGGAGAAGCGCCACGCGGAUAUCUAUUUCUCCAUCAGCACCAAACACUUUCAGUUUGUUCUGGGCAACCUCGACACCGUGUACACGAUCUCGCACAUCAACGGGCGCAACGAAAAGCCGCUCGAAGCUUGGGACUUGUACGUCGGCGCCAAAAUCACCAUCUUGGGCCGGUCCACAACGCUAACCAAGGCAAGCAUGCUGACGUUGCAGUGGCUCGACUACCAAGCGAAAAGGCUCGACGCUAUCAAAGCCAAGCUGACUAGCGAGCUAUGCAAGUACGAAAAUUCCCAUGUCGAAACGACUCGAGGCAGCAAGGCAGGAGUGUCCCUCAGGCGCCUCAAACUUGACAUCGAACACCUGCGGGAAAAGCUGUCCGAGUACCGACCCGACGUGGCGCGGAAGAUAGUCGACUCGCUGUAUGCAUGAACACCAACUGAAACGCCACGGACGGGGCCAAGACAAGAAGCAGGACACGAUUCAAUUACGUCUGUUCUUCGUCGUGGACUUAUUCGAUCUUGAGGACUUCGAUCUCAAAAACGAGGACAGAGUCGGGCUGGAUGCCCCACGCAGGAAACCCGCGGGCCCCGUACGCGUAGUCAGGCGAGCACGUCAGUUUGGCAGACUCCCCCAAGCUCAUGGACAAAACGCCUUCAUCCCACCCUUUGAUCACCUGCCCCAACCCAACUUGAAACGCAAACUCUUGCUGACCAGGGUCCUUGGUGCUCCAAAACUUCUUGCUCAAGUCACGGUCUUUGCCGUAACCUGUGCAGUGGACCGUCACCUGGGCGCCCUUGGUGGGUUUCUGGCCAUUGCCUUCGCGCAAGAUUUCUUUCGUCACUCCCAUCCUGGUGCCGGAGUCGCUGAAAAGUUAGUGGUUUCCGUCCCUUUUCUGCCC